AUCUUUUCCUGUAGGGAUUCAGAAGUCUGGUGGUAACAACCUUGGCUCUUUUCCUGGUAUUUUCUUUCAUGGGACAUUCCAGCAGUGCUCCACAGAGACUCUUUGAGAGAAGAAACUGGACUCCUCAAGCUAUGCUCUACCUGAAGGGUGCACAGGGGCGCCGCUUCAUCUCCGACCAGAGCCGGAGGAAAGACCUCUCCGACCGGCCGCCGCCCGAAAGACGAAGCCCAAAUUCCCAACUACUAACUCUUCCAGAGGCAGUAGUUGUGCUGUUGGCUUCCUUGAGGAAACCCCAAGAAGCUGGAGAAGAAAACUUCGAUCAAACCAGGUUCCUAGAAGACAGUCUGCUAAACCGGAGAAAAUAGACCAGAUUCCAUUCAAUUUCAGUUCUAUGCUUGUUGAACACAUGAAUUAUGUGAAAAAAGUCUAUAGCCGCCUUUUACCUCCUUUGUGAUUUUAGGGACAUGCGCUGCCAGUUUUAUCCUUCCGGAAGCAAAAGCGAUGUCCUGUUCUUAGUGAGCCCAUUGUUCCUCCAUUGCUUCAGAUCCUGUUUAGAUCUCCCUGUGUCUUACGCUCGAAUUUUUUUGGCGCAUUUGUAAUUGUAAGGCUGAAGACUCUUUAGAGGGUUCUUCUGUUUUUGAUCUAACCAUUCUUAGUUGAUGGUGUUUUCUUUCUGUUAGCUACCUGCAUUGUCUUGUUACUCAGUGGUGAAUCCCUCUCCUUUCCCCCUUUGCCCCACCUCCAAGGAGGGUGAGGUGGGGAAGCCAGCAAGAUGGGAAAGCGUAGAAUGUGAUUCUCCUUGAGUUCAUCCAGGAGAGCUAAGUUAUGAAGGGUAGGGUGAGCCGAUGCCUAGGAAGAAACCCGGUGAUCAGACCCUGCAGUGUGGUUCUUGGGAGAAGGGACCACUGGGGAGGCUGGAGCUGAAGGUUCUAUAGCUGCCAAAGCUCCACUUUGCGCUUUCUGGGGAUCUCCUUGAAUUCAGUUUAGAAAUAUGGACCUAAAAGUUACUAGGAAAUAAGCAAAUGGAGACACACUCCGCUCUUGGGUACAUUGUGCAAAAGAAACCAGUUUUUUAGAGGUAACCCAUUUUCCAUGGCUAAACAGACUUAAAGACUGCUUAUUGUAGUUGACUAGAAUUCUAGGCUUUCUUUGGCAUAAAAACAUAACAUAAAAUGCACCCUGAUAAUGUAAGUACAGGGUAACAUGCCUAAUUUAUUCUUUUUUUUUAAGUCAACUAGGGUUCAAUACUAUCUGAAAAAUAAAAUACAUGCACAUAUGCAUGCGUAUACACACACACAGAUACACCGCUACAGUGAGCACAUAGUAUUUUUAUUUGGAAUUACAAUUUUAUUUGGAAUUACAAUUAUAAUUUGAAUAAUGUUAGUUAUUUUUGACUUGAGAAUUGUUACUGAUAAAUGUCAUAGGUGUAAAGUAUUAAUUCUUAUUUUUAUUAUAUAGGUAUUAUUAGCUAAAAAAUGUCAUUAUGUGAACAUCUCUGUAACUUGAAAUUACAAUUUUACUGUGUUAAGUAACCAAAACCAGGCUUAUAAGAUUUGCUUGUAUCCCGUUUCAUAAUUGAAUAAUGAAACUCUAUUCAAGUUUAUACAACAUUGAUCUCUGCCAAAAAAUAAUAUGCUAGCAUUAAAAAAAUCUAUGUGGC